CUACGCCGCUCCCGUCACCUCCCCUGCAGCCGUUCGCCGUAAUAAGCCUACAGCUGCACUGAGAUAAGUCAUGCCGCAAAAACCUAGAGCGACCAAGAUGUCGCUUUAUGAUUUCCAAGGGGAGCCCAAGGAGGAGUUGUUGCCGACCAGGAGUAUUGGACUCGAACGUCAGUCUGUUCACCGUCGUCGUGACGAUGAGCCCGGCAGAGGGGAUUCGGAAGGGACUUGGCGUCGAGGUGGUGAGGAUGGACGCAGUGGUUCUAGAGAGCGCGGCGAUCCGGACGCGGGCCGUGGCGAUCUAGAUGACAACUGGCGUGGAUCUGCUAGGUUGCGUCCUUCGGGCAGUCGGGAGGGAUUUGGUGACCGUCGGGAGGGAUUUGGUGACCGUCGGGUGGAUCCUGCCGAUGAGGACAAGGACUGGCGGGCAGGCCCUCGUCCUACCCUGGACCGUGCUGGUGGUAGUAGUAGGCUCCCUAGGGCGGACGAUAGUGGCUUGACUCCCUUCCGACAACAAUUGCGUGAGCGUGCCGAGGCUGCCCGAGCUCGUCGUCAAGGCGAUAGAUCUACCGAGCGUGAUGGUCAGGACGAUGAGAGCCGCUCCACCUCCCGUGGCUUUGCCUCUAGAGGUGAACCUCGAUCGUUAUCGAGAGAAGACUCGGAUCGCGCGAAUAAUGACGAUAACUGGAGAGCUACUGCUCACACCUCGACAACUCUGCCGUGGAGAAGGCCUGGCAUUGCGGAGGAGCCGCGUUCUUCCGACGCUCCGAUGCCGUCGAGACGUCCUGGUACAGCGCCCGCCUCAGACUGGAAGGCCCAAUUCGCUAACCGCAACCGUGCCUCUGGAACAAGCGCCACUGAGGAGCCUCGGACUCGGGCAUGGGUUCCUCCGUCUCGGGCUGAUGCUCUCCGAGAUGAUCGGGCUCGUCAUGAGGAACCUGUUAGAAGGGGUGACAGCUUUAGACGAGAUGAUGUCUCCCGUCGUGAGACCGGCUCAUGGAGAGCUGAGGCCUUGAGGCGUGAUGAGCCCCUCAGAAGGGAGGAGCCUACUAGGAGCAGUGCGCCGUGGAGGAGAGGAGUUGAUAGGGAGGAACACCAACAUGGCAACCGGCAGGAGGAUAAGGAGAUGGUUGAGAGUGUAACGAGAGAGCUUGAGACUAUGGAUGCUCGUGGAGAUGAGUGGGCCGUUGAAGAGGAAGAGGAGAAGCCAACGGUGCCUGCAUUUGAUGCUGCUAAAAUUGACAAGUUCCUAGUAGCGUACCAGAAGCAUGUGGAUGAUGUCACGAAGAAGACUGAGCAUAUCGCAACGAAAAUGCCUAAGAAUCUCGGCGUAGCAGAAAUGCAGAGCUCCUAUCUCCUGGAUAAGAUAGUAGCGGCCUUGGUUAUGAAGGCAUCAACGUUGGCUUCACUGGACGAGUGCCUUUCUCUCUUUCAUCGUCAUGCGCCUGUAAUCAAUGCUCUCAUCGACUCCAAUCGUCAGACGCGGGGAUACUGUUUCCAGCUGCUGACGUCCUCUCAGAAGGCUGUGGAGUCGGUCAAGUGUCCUAGGCUGGCAAAGGACUGUACGCUGGUUGAGGCCGUGUGGUAUUCGCUGUAUGAUAUUGAUGCGGUUACUGCAGAGCUCAUAGCCUUUUGGAGCGAUGAGUACUCGGGUUCUGAGGCCGACACUGCUGAUCGCGCGAAGAUCGUUUUCCAAACCCAAGCUCUUCGUGAGUGGCUGAGCGCUGUCGAGGAGGGAGAGGCUACGAGGGAUGCUACUGAGGAGGAUGAUGAUGAUGAGUGGGCAAGUAGUAGCAGUAGCGAUGAUGAAGAUAUAGAGGCUCUCAUUCCGAAGAGGGCAACGGACAUACGUGUUCGAUAA